UUGCGUCCAACGUGACCAACUUCGCCCGUACCCCUACGUCCGGUCGGUCCCUCUGUGGAACCGUUAUCUCGACGUCAGACUGACAGAGCGAACGAACAGUGAAUUCAUUAGGGCAGGAGACCAUCGGAUUCCUGAACUCUCAGUCCAGCCUCAAACUAACAAUGGACUUCAUUGCAGGUUUGCUGCUGGUGGCGUUUCUCGGCUCUGCAGAGAGCGGGGUUGGCCCCAGUAACUCCAGCAGCAGCUUCUGCACCGAGUCGAAGGAGUGCCUCCAGUUUGAGCUGGUGUGCAAAACAGACGAGUAUGAGGUGCGGCACUACAGCCCUACCCGCUGGGUCUCUACAGAUGCGGAGGCCUAUUUCAUGGGGGUGGGAGCAGCAAUGGCCUUCAGGAGGCUGUUCCAGUACAUCAGAGGAGCCAAUGAAGGCGAUGUGAAGUUUGACAUGACCGCUCCAGUCCUGGUGAAGAUUCCAGAGGAAACCAAGAUGUGGGAGCCGGCCAUCUACACCCUCAGCUUCCUGCUUCCCUCAGCCUAUCAGGACAGCCCUCCUGCACCCACCAAUGACAAGCUGUACUUCACGGACAUGCCUGACAUGGACGUGUACGUGCGCAGCUACGGCGGCUGGAUGCUGUCCGUCACGUCCCGCCUCCACGCCCACCUGCUGACCAAGGAGCUGCAGCGCACGCAGGCCCAGUACAACCACACCUACCACUACGGAGUGGGCUACGACAGUCCUCUGAAGCUGUUGAAUAGGCACAAUGAGGUGUGGUAUGUCGCCGAGGGUGACCCUGUUUGUGCCGUUCCCACGGAAACACCAUCAGGGACCCCAACUCCAGACACCAAACCCUGAUCAGCAGGCAGGAUACAGGGAUACAGUGGACAGACAGAGAGACAGAGGAGGAGGAAAGACGUGAAGACGAGGUGUGGGAUUAGAUGAAGCAGCGAGGGUGACAGAGCUAAAGAAAAGAGAGAAAGACCAGACCAGACUAAUGAACUGAAGAGAAGAGGGAGAGAAAGAUGUAGAGAAGAACCUGUCCUCUCACCUGUGUCUUAUCAUGACUCGUCCCAUUUCCUGUUCCCCUUUAACCACAAGGCCAAGCUCUCUCGUCGCCACAGCAACAUGCUUAAUAUCCAAGACAACAAUACACUGUUCUGCACAUGCUCAGCACAAGGUUCCUAACAUUUCACAGGGUAUAUGAACAAAUGUUAGCGAUUACAGAUGGUUCAUUGUUUUAGUCAAUACUUAUAGGAUAUAGGUAGAAACAGGAAGAUGACUAAAGACUGUGCCUCCUCUUACCAAAGCUAAAACGCUAAGCUCACCAUACAGCUGCCGUAUCAAGAGAGAUUAUUGUCCGCAUUGUGAUGUCUACAUUAUGAUGAUUGGCAUUUUUGAACGUUCCUUGUUUUUUUGUUUACAACAGUUUGUUUCUUGUCAUGUUUGGUCAUUUAAAUGCAGGUUGAAUUGCAGCAUUUUGAGACAAAUAGUUGCUUCAGUUGUAGACCACCAUUAUAAUGCAUUUUCAAGCAAAGACAUAUCAUUAGACAGCUCUUCUAGCCUAUUUAAAUUUGAAUGUACAACACGUGAUGGAGCCAACCUGAAGACCCAUUAUAUCUGCUAAAUAAAUUACCCAAUAAAG